CGCACGCACGCGUUAAAUAAAGCCGCACCGGUGGAUUUCCACUUGAUUCACCGGACGGGACACGCAUCAACCGGUUCAUUGAGGGCAUUAAGGACUUCUACACUUCUCACUGACAAAGCAACAAAUCACAAUGAAGGGAAUGAUCGUUCAGCUCAGUCGCAGCCUGAGCCGCGCUGCUCCUCUGAUCCACCGCAACCUCCACUCUGGGUCACGCCUCUCCUCCACCGCCGCCUCCAAGCUGAAGAGCGGCAGCAGCGGUGGAGGACUCACCUCGGAGGAAAUCUACGCCCGUGAGGACAAGUAUGGAGCUCACAACUACCACCCCCUCCCCGUGGCCUUGGAGAGGGGAGAGGGUAUCUAUGUGUGGGAUGUGGAGGGCACCCGCUACUACGACUUCCUCAGUGCCUACAGCGCAGUAAACCAGGGUCACUGCCACCCGAAGAUUGUCGCCGCACUCGCAGCCCAGGCCUCUAAACUUGCCUUGACUUCCAGAGCGUUCUACAAUGACGUGCUGGGAGCCUACGAGGAGUACGUCACCACCCUGUUUGGCUACGACAAAGUCCUGCCAAUGAAUACAGGUGUUGAGGCUGGUGAAACUGCCUGCAAGCUUGCCCGUAAAUGGGCUUAUACGGUGAAGGGAGUUCCCAAAAACCAGGCUAAAAUCAUUUUUGCAAAUGGUAACUUCUGGGGCCGCACCAUGGCCGCCAUCUCCAGCUCCACUGACCCCAGCAGCUACGAGGGUUUCGGUCCGUACAUGCCAGGCUUUGAGCUCAUCCCAUACAACGACAUUCCUGCACUGGAGAAAGCCCUUCAGGACCCAAACGUGGCUGCCUUCAUGGUGGAGCCCAUCCAGGGGGAGGCUGGGGUGGUGGUCCCAGAUCAGGGCUAUCUCACUAAAGUCAGAGAACUGUGCACCAAACACAACGUGUUAUGGAUUGCCGAUGAGGUGCAGACGGGUUUGGCGCGUACCGGCCGCAGACUCGCCGUGGACCACGAGGGCGCCCAUCCAGACAUCGUCAUGCUGGGAAAAGCUCUUUCUGGAGGAGUUUACCCUGUUUCUGCAGUGCUGUGCGACAAUGAGAUCAUGCUGACCAUCAAACCCGGAGAACACGGCUCCACAUAUGGAGGAAACCCCAUAGCCUGUCGGGUCGCCAUCGCUGCUCUAGAGGUUCUGGAGGAGGAGAAGCUGGCGGAGAACGCCGAAAGAAUGGGCAACCUGCUGCGAUCUGAACUGAAUAAACUGCCUAAAGACAUCGUGACCACAGUCAGAGGGAAAGGCCUCCUCAACGCUAUUGUCAUCAAAGAGACCAAAGACUAUGAUGCCUGGAAAGUGUGCUUGCGUCUCCGUGACAACGGACUGUUGGCCAAACCCACCCACGGGGACAUCAUCCGCUUUGCCCCUCCCCUCAUCAUCAAAGAGCACGAGCUGCAGGACUGCGUGGACAUCAUCCAGAGGACCAUCAUGUCCUUCUAAACAAAACAAAACACACCCGCUGCUCGACAGUGCACGGAUACACGCUAAAGUUACAGCCCGAUUAAGUCAACCUGCACAUAAGGCUUUUAUUUCCCUUAACCUCCUAAGACCCAGCUAAGGGUUUUCUGUCUGUGUUUGUGGAGUUUCACAGCU